UGAUUCUUUAAAAGAACCACUUCAAACGUACGAGUCGUUCCCGUAUGGACACUACUCUCGCGAUAUAAACUUUUCCCGGUUACCUGAAGAAACGAGAGUUUGAUUCAAAGUGUUUGAAUGAACGAUAACAACCAAAACUCGUCCUAAUAAUAGCAGGUCAUUUUUAUCUUUUUUGGGGGGAGGAUAUUGGCUGCAUGAAACUAACAAGAAAUGGCAUCACCACAAACGCUUCAGCCUGUCCUGAAGAUGAAGGUGGACGAGCUCUUCCUGUUUUGGUUAAGUGAGCCGAGUACUCAGGCGAUGCUAAAAGACUACCUCAACAAAAUCAAGAAUGGGGAGGAAAUAGAUCUAAGUCAUGGAGAUUUUAAGAGUUCAAGCACUUUAUUAACAGAAAACAACAACAACAACAUUGCAUCAAAGACUAAUGUGACAGACAGAAUGACUGCGGCUCUUGGUGCUCCAUACAGCCCUCCUUCCGCCACACUGCCAUCUGCGAGUGGCAGCAAUAACAGAGCAGGAGUGAAUGCAAGGGCCUUGCGACGCUCUGUCAGCACUAAGAAGCAGGCACAGGCUAAGAAAGAGGAGCCCGUUACACCAGCCUUAAGUGAAAGCAUUCCAAAGUUCUACUUCCCUCGAGGACAGCCCCAGGCCAACAUCAACAUCGACAAUCUCAUUUCCAAGAUAGAAAAAAUAUUUUCUCAAUUUCCUGAUGAAAGAGUCACUAUUAAAGACAUGGGGCUAGUCGCCAAGGCCUGUGAGUGCCCACUCUAUUGGAAAGCUCCAUUGUUCCAUGCUGCUGGAGGAGACAGGAGGGGAUAUGUGUCCGUUCACAAGUUUGUGGCAAUGUGGCGAAAAGUGCUUCAGACCUGUCAUGAUGACGCAUCCAAAUUUCUUCACCUUCUGGCCAAGCCUGGCUGCAAUUAUUUGGAACAAGAGGACUUUAUUCCAUUCCUGCAGGAUGUGGUGGAUUCACAUACAGGUCUGGCGUUUCUAAAGGAGGCUUCAGACUUUCACUCACGCUACAUUACCACUGUAGUGCAAAGGAUAUUUUAUAAUGUAAACCGCUCAUGGACUGGAAAAAUAACAUGUUCAGAACUCAGGAGAAGUAGUUUUUUACAGAAUGUGGCAUUACUGGAAGAAGAGGAAGAGAUUAACCAGUUGACAGAGUUCUUCUCCUAUGAACAUUUUUAUGUCAUCUACUGUAAGUUCUGGGAACUGGACACAGAUCACGACUUGUACAUAGACCAGAGAGACUUGGCGCGACAUAACGAUCAAGCCAUAUCCCACCGAAUGAUUGAGAGAUUAUUCUCAGGAGCUGUAACCAGGGACAGAAAGGUUCAUAAAGAGGCCAAGAUGAGCUAUGCUGACUUCGUAUGGUUCCUCAUAUCUGAGGAGGACAAAAAGACUGAGACCAGCAUAGAGUACUGGUUCCGCUGUAUGGAUCUGGAUGGGGAUGGAGUUCUGUCCAUGUAUGAGCUUCAGUACUUCUACCAGGAACAGUGUCAGAAGCUUGAGGCCUUGGCCAUUGAACCACUGCCUUUCGAGGACUGCCUGUGCCAAAUGUUAGAUAUGGUCAAGCCAGAAAUCACAGGAAAGAUAACUCUCAGGGACUUGAAGAGAUGUAAGCUUUCCCAUAUUUUCUUUGACACAUUCUUCAACAUUGAGAAGUACCUAGACCAUGAACAGAGGGAUCCCUUACUGGCUGCAAGGGAUGCUGAGACAAUGGGACAGGAGAUUUCUGACUGGGAGAGAUAUGCUGCAGAGGAGUAUGAUAACUUGGUGGCUGAGGAAACUGCAAACGAGCAGUACAAUGAUGGGAUCACCACAGACUUCUAAUGGCAGGAAGAGUAGAUUGAAACAGCUAUGACAAUGUUCUGGACCCAGUUGAUCACAUUACAUGUGCUUUUGACCUGCGGAACGAGAAGAGACAUCUCUUUGAGAUUCCCAACCCCCACAGUAACCUGGACCUGGAUGAAUAUGAAUACGAGGAUGAUUUUGAAUGACAACAACACAAGUAUAGGCCGCCAUCUGGUAGUGUGUAGAACAGGAUGUGGACGGAUCCUGCUCUCAAAUACUGAUGCUGCCUGGUUCUGCUAACCAAGGCUUAAGAAUGUACGGAUGCGCUCCUUCAGCCGCUGGAUGCCGGACAGCAAACCGGUGGUCUGGCGAGGCUCUGUUUAGAAAGACGGAUUGUGCUGGCCCAGUCCGUCAGUCUGACAUCUAUGCACAACCAGGUCUAAAAAAACAAAUGUAGCUGCACUGUAGGUUUCGAAGCAACUACGCUGGAACCAAACCAGGACACUUGAAAUAUUGAAUGUGCACUAAGUUUAUAAAUAUUGAAGGUUUUAUUCUCAGAAUUGGUUUAUAAGACAUUCCAGAGAUUCACCAAAGUGAUUUCAGCUUCAUUUCAUGGAUGGCUUAUUUCUCAUGGGGCUCUGUCGACAUGCCUUGUGUGUUUGAGGCUCACGCUAAUAUGAAAUAAUGGAGUGAUCAGACUCUGGCAUGUCUAUGUAAGAGGUGUCUUUAAAUUAUAAUGUAUUUAUAUGUAUUUGUAAAUAUUUGUUGUCUUUGCUUCUUGUUUGUUUAAAACUUUUAGGCUUAGUCCACUUAAAUGUUUUCAACAAAUCAUGUUUGUCAUUUCUAUAGAAGUGCUUCCUAAAAACAUGCUUUUAUUGUAAAAAUGAACUUUCUGCCUUAAGAGUUCAAUAAAGUAUUAAGACAGAAGUA